AUGGUUAUCAAAGUUGUCCUUUUUAGUUCCCAUAUGAAUGAAUUAAAUUUAAAACUGCAAGGAAAGAAUAACCUUGUCUUUGAUCUCUACAGAAUUAUUGCAGCAUUUCGGAGAAAGCUAUCAUUGUUUGAAGCACAACUUGAAGGAGGAAACUUCCCUCAUUUUCAGUGUUUUCAAGAGUUUUGCAUACAAAAUGUGGAACAUGUUAACCUCGAGUUUCAGAAAAAAAUUAUUCGGGUCUUAAAUAAGCAUUUUUCUCAAAGAUUUUCAGAUUUUGACAGAAUUGAGAAUGAAAUUCUUUUGUUCGAGAAUCCCUUUGGCUGCAAUCUUGAUAACAAGCCAACUGAACUACAACUGGAACUUAUUGACAAGCUAAUACCUUGUUGA